ACUCAAGUCUUCACGCGCUUGAUCAAAUCAAACGGGUUUGAAGUAUCCCACGUGGCGAAAUCUGAAAGGUACAGUGGUUAAAAGUCAAACAAACGGACGGUUUCUGUUGCAUAACCAAGAAAACAACAGGUCUUAAAAAGUUGCGAUCGAGACAAAAAAAAAAAAGUUGCUGGAGAUUUUGAAGAUGACCGAACCAAAGAGGGGGCGUGUUCAAUGGGAUGAAGCUAAUAUAGUGGAGAUUGAAUCUAACAAACCUGUUAGGCAGAAGAUUACUGAACCAAAGACACCGUACCACCCGAUGAUUGAUGAUGAUGGUUCUCUGUCUCCUAGAGGAAGAUCGUUUGAUGAAUGUGUUGAUGAUAUGCAACGAGCCGAAGAACUGAGGAUUGUUCUGAAUGAUGCAGCAGCUUCUUCCAGUAGAAAUAGUAGCCAGGGUUCUGGUGGUGGUGGCUGGAGCUCGUCUGAUGAAGAAGAAGCAGAUCCUAUGGAUCAAGAUGAAGAAGGUUCUGGAAGUGGGAAAAAUGAACGUUUCAACGCACACAGAAAAGCACAUUACGACGAGUUUCGGAAGGUGAAGGAACUGAGAUCAUCAGGGUCAUUCUAUGAAGAAGAAGAGGAAGAGGAUGAUGGUGCAAAAGGCAGUAAAUCAGAGACAACAACAACCUCACGUCACACUAAAGGCGGAAACAAAGAGUUAGAUGCAGCCACAACGUCAAAAACUAAUUUAUUAAACACAACAAUGGCGAACGAAAAAGCUCAAGAAAUGGCGAAUCUAUCUUCUCAAAUCUGCAACCAAAUCUCCUCCGUCUUCACCAAACCAACCUCACCAUAUCCACCACCACUCGAUCUCCUAGUAACAGAACUCGCCGCAAUCUCUCGCAACCGCAACAACUCUCGUAUCUUCCUCUACGGUGUCGGACGCGAAGGUCUCAUGUUAAAAGCCUUCGCGAUGCGUCUCUUCCACCUUGGUCUCUCUACUCACUUAGUCUUCGACAUGACAACACCACCAAUCUCAUCUUCCGAUCUCCUCAUCGCUUCAGCUGGUCCUGGAGGAUUCUCAACCGUCGAUGCGAUUUGUUCUGUAGCUAAAUCGAACGGUGCUAAGGUUAUACUCAUCACUGCGGAGCCUGAGACUGGUUCUUGUGUUGAACAUGCGACGGAUGUGUGUUAUGUACCUGCUCAGACUAUGGCGAGUGAUAACGGUGGUGAUGUAGCGGCGGAGAUGGGAGAGAGACCGUUGUUGCCGAUGGGAAGUGUAUAUGAAGGAGCUUUGUUUGUGUUGUUUGAGAUGGUUGUUUACAAGUUGGGUGACGUUUUGGGUGAGUCUUCUGAGUCGGUACGUGCUCGUCACACUAAUCUUGAGUGACGUAUGAAUUUUGAUUAGCAUGUGGUGUUGUUUUGGUGUUUUGGUUGAGAAAUAGUUGCUGUUUUUUAGUUUGGGACCUCUCUGUUUUUUUUUUCUAGUUGAUUUCUUGCUAUAAAAUAAUAUUCCAAGU